AUGUCUACUUUAAAUUAUUCCUCAGUGCCUGGGUUUAUCCUUGAAGGACUGACAAAGCACCCAGAGCUUCAGUUGCCACUCUUCCUCCUGUUCCUGGGAAUAUAUGUGGUCACAGUGGUGGGGAACCUGGGUAUGAUCCUCUUAAUUGCCAACAGUUCUCAGCUUCACUCCCCAAUGUAUUAUUUUCUCAGUCAUUUAUCAUUCAUUGAUCUCUGUUACUCCUCCGUCACUACCCCAAAGAUGCUGGUGAACUUUGUGUCAGAGAAGAACAUUGUCUCCUUUCUGGGAUGCAUGACUCAGCUUUACUUCUUCCUUAUUUUUGUGAUUGCAGAAAGCUACCUUCUGACUACCAUGGCAUAUGACCGCUAUGUUGCGAUCUGUAGCCCACUGCUUUACAAUGUUAUCAUGUCCCACAGGGUCUGUUCCAUGAUGACGGCUGUGGUGUAUUCACUGGGGUUGUUUGGGGCCACAGUUCAUAACACCCGGAUGUCAAUGUUGUCCUUCUGUGGGUCUCAUACUGUCAGUCAUUAUUUUUGUGAUAUUCUCCCCUUGUUGACCUUCUCUUGCUCCAGCACCCACAUUAAUGAGAUUCUGUUGUUUAUCAUUGGGGGAGUUAACACCUUAGCACCAACACUGGCUGUACUCAUCUCUUAUGUGUUCAUCCUCUCUAGUAUCCUCCGUAUUCGCUCUGCUGAGGGACGAUCCAAAGCCUGUGGCACUUGUAGCUCCCACCUUGUGGCUGUGGGGAUCUUUUUGGGGUCUAUAACAUUCAUGUAUUUCAAGCCCCCUUCUGGCAAUAAUAUGGAGCAGGAGAAAGUGUCCUCUGUGUUCUACACCACGGUGAUCCCCAUGCUGAAUCCCUUGAUUUACAGCUUGAGGAACAAGGAUGUGAAGAAUGCACUGAGGAGGGUGGUUGGGGAAAGGCUGCAGUCCUGA